UGCGCGCUCCCGUCUACAGCCACGCUGCCCGGUUACAGCGCGGCGCGCGCAUUGAACCCGCACGCUCGUUCAAGGGCGGAUCGGGUCUGACCGGGAGUGUUCGGUUCAUCCAGGGCUUUGUUGCACGCAGCUGAAUCAUCUCCGCUGGGAUGGACGCGAGCGUCUGAACGCGACGAGUCUUGCGGAAUAAACGCUGAUGUAAAGGAUGCUGUCCGUGCGCCCGGUAAACGCGAGGCGGGGAGAGCGGCGUGUCCACGCGGGCUGAUGACAAUAGCGAAUAAAGAGGACGAUAGAAAAAAAGGAAAAAGAAAGACCGUUUGCGAAGUCGGUCACCGGGAAGAAGGACAAUGUCUCUCAGCAGGAGCAUCGAGCUCGAGCACUUCGACGAGCGGGACAGGGCGCGUUCGGGCUCACGGGCGAGCAGUCUGGUCCCGAGCCCCGCGCACAGCGCCAACUGCAGCUUCUACCGCACGCGCACGCUCCAGGCGCUCAGCUCCGAGAAGCGAGCCAAGAAGGUUCGGUUCUACCGGAACGGAGACCGCUACUUCAAGGGUCUGGUGUACGCGGUGUCCGUCGACCGCUUCAGGUCCCUGGACGCGCUGCUGGCCGAGCUGACGCGCGCGCUCGCCGACAACCUGCACCUGCCGCAAGGUGUGCGCAACAUCUACAGCGCGGACGGCGCGAGGAGGAUCGCGAGCCUCGAGGAGAUCGUGGAAGGUGAGAGUUACGUCUGCGCCUCCAACGAACCCUACAGGAAGGUGGAGUACACCAAGAACGUCAACCCCAACUGGGGCUCGCGGCUGGCGGGGGCGGGGCCUGUCCCGGGGGCGGGGCCGGUGGGCGGAGCCGGGCGUCAGGGGCCUCAAUCGAGGGAGCCGAAAGACUUCAUCAAACCCAAACUGGUGACGGUGAUCCGGAGCGGCGUGAAGCCCAGGAAGGCCGUGAGGAUCCUGCUGAAUAAGAAAACAGCGCAUUCGUUCGAGCAGGUGCUCGCAGACAUCACCGAAGCCAUCAAACUGGACUCCGGCGUCGUGAAGAGACUCUACACACUGGACGGGAAACAGUUGACGAGUCUGCAGGAUUUCUUCGGUGAUGACGAUGUUUUCAUCGCGUGCGGUUUGGAGAAGUUUCGUUACGCUCAGGACGACGCUGCUCUCGGACACGCGGGGAAGGGAGCCGCGGCUGCGUUCGUUAACGAGUGUAAGAAAUCACGACCGUCAGUCCCUCCCAAGACUAGUGCAUACAAAACCUCCGGCGUCCCGCGCUCCAAAUCACCCGUCUCCGCCAAUGAGGCUCCGAGGAGCGACUCUCCCCCGAUGAGGUCAUCGCAGUCCCCCUGCAGCCCCGGGACUCAACACAGCCGGAAGACAUCCGGUCAUGAAGCGUCUGCGUCCCCGACGCCCUCCAGAGACCUCAACGAUGAAGAAGACCUCAGUCCUGAAGUGAAUGGUAAUGAAGUUCAGUCGUCUGUCAUCAGUGAGAAGUAUAAAGUGGGGAAGGUGAUCGGCGAUGGAAACUUCGCUGUGGUCAGAGAGUGUGUGGAGAGGUCUACAGGACAGGAAUACGCGCUGAAGAUCAUCGACAAGGCCAAGUGCAGCGGCAAGGAGCACCUGAUAGCCAAUGAGGUGGCGAUACUGCGAAGGGUUCAUCACCCCAGCAUCAUUAUGCUAAUAGAGGAGCUGGACACGCCCACUGAACUGUAUUUGGUGAUGGAGCUGGUGAAGGGAGGUGACCUGUUUGAUGCCAUCACUUCCUCCACCAAGUACACGGAGCGGGACGCCAGCGCCAUGCUGUUCAACCUGACCGGAGCACUGCAAUACCUGCACAGACUGAACAUCGUACACCGAGACAUCAAACCAGAGAACCUGCUGGUGUGUGAUUAUCCUGACGGCACUAAGUCUCUGAAGCUGGGUGAUUUUGGGCUGGCGACGGAGGUGGAGGGGCCGCUGUACACCGUGUGUGGGACGCCGACAUACGUGGCCCCGGAGAUCAUCGCAGAGAGCGGGUACGGGCUGAAGGUGGACAUCUGGGCUGCGGGUGUGAUCACAUACAUCCUCCUGUGUGGUUUUCCUCCGUUCCGCAGUGAGAAGAAUCUGCAGGAGGAGCUGUUCGAUCAGAUCUUACUGGGCAGACUGGAGUUUCCCUCGCCGUACUGGGACAACAUCAGCCUCUCGGCUAAGGAUUUAAUUGGGAAGAUGCUGCAAGUGAAUGUUGCUGUUCGUUACACGGCCGACGAGGUGCUGGAACACCCCUGGGUGCAGGACGAUGCUGUGAUGGACACCAACAUGGAGUGUGAGAUGAAAGAUGGAGCUGAAUCAGAAAACACACACAACAGCCCCGCAGCAGAGGCUGAGGUGGAUCAUCUGUAACAUCUGAUUGUUUCUGUGUAGAUGACAGCUGGCAGUAAUCUCUCCGGAGGCGAAGAGGAAGAGAAACCCUGAUCGUGAACACAAACCUCAACACCCAGACCAGACCAGACCACCUUCUCUAUCAUCUUUUUAUCCCUUCUUCAUUCCCUUUCAUUAGUGGUGUGUGUGCGAAGUCAGCCAUUGAUUUCACUUAGCUCUCAUAUUUCAGUGUUUUUCAUUCUGAAUGAAUCCAAUCCGAUUUCAGAUCCUGAAAGUUGUUUAUAUGAACGAUAAACUCCACAUAUAUUCAUUUACAUGUAUAUUUACAUGUUCCAAUAAUUAUAAUAAGACCACCAGAGCUGACAUGAGUGGUUUCGGCCUAGAUGACACAUAAAAGGAAAAUCGACAAAUACUUCAGAACAGAUUUUUUUUUAAUAGGAAAGUUAUUAUAACGUUAUAAAAACAUUAUUUCUGAAUGUUUUGAAACAAGUAUUAACUUUUAAAAAAAAUGCAUCAAACUCAAAUGUUUUCCUCAUGUUUCUAUGAUGUUCGGUUUGUGAAUGUCCAGAAACGUUUUUCUUGUUUCUGUUUGAUCUUUUUGAAAACAAUGUCAGUGUUACAUUUGAGUGUUCUCUGAACAUUCCAAAACUAGUAACAUUUAAAAAACCUGAGAUAAAUGUCCAACUAAUGCAUUUCUGGAGCGAAGUAGAGAUAACGUUUCUGUGCUAACGUUUUGAGAACAUUAUUAAUUUCCGGAGAACGUUGCGCAAACGUUCUGUUAACGUUCCUGUAAGAAGGUUCAUCAUCUGCUGUCUGUGAGAGCAUGUAGACCUGUGCUUCAGAUCAUGCGUUCGUUUUCUUCACUUCUGGUCUGUGUUUGUACGCAGGGCUUCGACUAAACCAGCGACCUGGACUCUUACUGCACUGUGUCCUGCCCUUGUCCCUUUUCUUUCUUUCAUACGAGUCAGUGUUGGUGUCUCAUCAGAUGCAUCAUUAGAGUCUCAUUUCAGACAUCUGCAUCUUUAUACCUGAACUGAAUGAGAACAAGACCUUUGAAUUGUGUUGCCAGAUGUGUUACAAGUGUAUGACUUUGCUUUACACCAAAACUUCAGUCUUUAGUGAAUGAGGACGAGUGUGUGUGUGUGUGUGUGUGUGUGUGUUUUUAUCUCCAUGAAAUGCCUCUGUUUUUAGAAGAACUGUUAAGUCAAUUUUUUUCUGAACGGCCGCUUGUGGUAUUAACGGUAUUCACUUUUGUACGAUGGCUGUUCGGGACCUUAAGCUAGUCGUAAUUAGGCCGAUUCUAAUUAUGGAUUUAUUUCAUGUUUUGUUUUGUAUUGCACCAAUACAUCAUGAGUAGCUGAUGAAAACACGAGUGUGUGUUUUAUUGCAUGUGAAUGGCGUUUGAAAUGAAGUGUGAAUGCACUUUUUUGAUUUUAAUUGCAUUAAUGUGACCGUUCCUCAAAAUCAAUAUUUAUGGGAUGAUACUUAAAUACAGCCGCUUUGUCAUUGAAACAACCUGGUUUUCACAACUUUCUAAAAUAUCUAAAUUAAAAAGCAUCAAUUAAAGAUUUUUUUUAUUGUAUUUUGUGCAGUAGGCCUAAAAUUUUAUAAAAACAUGAUUUCUGGACAUGGAUCAUCAAGUAUAAUACUGUUCAAAAAAUUAGGGUCAUUAAAAAAAAAAAA